GUGACUGAUAAAUUUUCACAUACAGAACAUGAACUAGAUUGCAAACACUGGUUGAAAUAUAAACAUCAAAUUGGCCUAUUUUGUGCGUACUAUCAUUAAGUUCUCUGGCAUUUAACAUGUCGUGGAUACAAUCCUGGAUCGUAGCGCUGUGCGUGCAGCUGACUUCCGGUCACUUGUGCCUCAUUUCUCCACGACAGAGAGGCGAUCUGGAUUUGUCCACGUCUGGCAACCCGACGUGUUUCCGGCACGCGCUGCCGUGCGGAGGCCAGCCUGUGCAGGACCCGGUAGAGGUGUACGCGCCCGGCCAGAACGUGUUCUUCCGGUGGCAGCAAAACUACAACCACUAUGAGCCGGGGUUCCCAGGCUACAUGGAUCUGUCCAUCGCCUCCAGCCCCGAGAGCAUGAGUUUCGUCACACUGACCGUGGUCACAGACCCGUACGUGCACGCACAGGACUACCAGCAAAACUACACGGCUGUCAUUAAACUACCUGAUAUGGAAUGCGACCACUGCGUCAUACGAGCUCGUUACGACGCCCACAAACCCGGGGAGUCCCCAUUCCUACAGUGCGCUGACAUUAAAAUCUCCAAAGGAGCGAAGAAAUCAGAGGCUCUGAAAUAUCUGUCCGCCGAAAGCAAGACUGACCAGCAGAAACUUGUACCUUUGAAGAGAGCGUUGAAACUGAAGAAAUACUACGAACAAAAGUACAAAUCCAAUCUAAAAAUGGAUGACACAAAAAUGUACGGUUUUGCAUACAAUCCGUUCCAGCCCCAUCGAAGUGAUUAUAUCUCGGUCUCCGUGGUAACUGGUGCUACUCAGAUGCUGAACAGCUUUGCCUUCGGUAUUGAUGACCCAUCUGAUGACCAAAAAAGUACGUUCAUGCUGGAUGAAGUGGUUGCCAUUGACAACGGUCGAAACACGACGACAAUUUUGGUCCACGACUCUGGGUCACGCGAGUCGGCUGCUAAAACCGUCUACAUCAUCGGACCUCCCUGGUAA